AUGGCGCCGCGCAAGUAUUCGAAGACCUAUAAGGUCCCGCGUCGUCCUUACGAGGCCGCUCGCCUUGACUCCGAGCUGAAGCUCGUUGGCGAGUAUGGUCUCCGGAACAAGCGUGAGGUCUGGCGUGUCCUCCUCACACUCUCCAAGAUUCGUCGCGCAGCCCGUAUUCUCCUCACUCUCGACGAGAAGGACCCUAAACGCCUCUUCGAAGGCAAUGCUCUUAUUCGCCGCCUUGUGCGCAUCGGCGUGCUCGACGAGUCUCGCAUGAAGCUGGAUUACGUCCUGGCCCUUAAGGCUGAGGACUUUUUAGAGCGCCGCCUUCAGACUCUUGUCUACAAGCUUGGCCUCGCCAAGUCCAUCCAUCACGCUCGCGUCCUGAUCCGCCAGCGCCACAUUCGCGUCGGCAAGCAGAUCGUGAACGUGCCGUCCUUCAUGGUCCGCCUCGACUCUCAGAAACACAUUGAUUUCGCUCUGACUUCUCCGUUCGGCGGUGGUCGCCCUGGCCGUGUCCGGAGAAAGAAGGCCAAGGCCGCCGAGGGCGGCGAGGGUGGUGAGGAGGAGGAGGAGGAGUAA